AUGUUCCUUCUUCAUGAAAUCGUAGCUGGUGGUAUUGGGUGCAACUUCAUUUCUGGAGACCUUCUUGAAGCUACAAGCAUGGAUGAUGCAAUGAGUAACCUUGUGUUAUUAUUGAGAUGUCGGAAAGAUGACCUGCACUUGGUAGAGAAUGUGCUGGAUUCAGCUGCACAGGAGUAUGCUGAUAAAGCAAAUGUUGAUCCCCCAGAGAUCGUUGUUGUCAACCGAAUCUAUCUUCCACCCAGACCAAGUCAUCACAAUUAUCAUGAUAUCUAUUGUUCUGGUGCAGUGGUGUUGGCUUCUCAUGAUGGAAAGAUUGUGUGUGAAAAUACUCUUGAUCCACGACUCGAUGUAGUGUUCCGAAAGGAGAGGGGAUCCGAAAGCAGCUCUUUGGACAAGUUGUUGCUUGAAGAUUUUGCUUGUAUUGUUUCGUUGCCCCUGGAAUAUUUGUAUUCUGAAGCAAAAACUUGCCUUUGA